CAAAACCUAAUACUGCUUGGCGGCAUAAAGGUCACUAGUCGAAGAGGGGCUGCUGUUAUCAGGCUAUGUUUUCGUUCGUCAUCGUUAGCUGACGUGUUUUUUUUAUUUCCACUGGUUCGAACAUAUAGUGACAGUCUUGGCUAAAAGGCUAAUAGCGCGGCAAGUUAUUUGGCUAUUAGUGAGAAAUCGACCGUAUCGCAGUGUACGUUUAUUAUUGUGAACAUUGGCUAUCGCGGCAAAUUUAAAUCGUAUAAUGGUAAACACUGUAUAAACAACAUCCACGGAGGUAUUUGUUUCUGACGCAGCAGUAGUAAUAAAAUCGUAUAUUAUCAGAACCUUAUAAAUACUCAUAUUUCUGUUAAAAGUGGUUAAAAGUGAAGGAUUUGAGUGGUUUUUACAAGUAAAAGUGACUAGCAGCUUGACUCUUCUCACACCAUCACGGUUAUUGGCAGAGAUAAUAAAGCGGCACCACGUUUCGUCACGGCAAAUUACGUUACUCCAACCAUUUUCCUUCGAGGAGUUCCCCAUUGAAUACACGAGGCCAGUCAGUAAAAGCGGCGUCAUUGAGUCGAAUCGAAGCAUCGCCAAGAGUGGCUGCAGGAUCGGAGUGCGGGCAAGGCAGGGGCGGCGCGGCCGUCGGCGGCGGCGGCGCCGUCCGCCCUGGAUACGGAUAUGAAGCUCUCUCGGCGGCGAGCGACGGCAGUGAAGGAGAACCCGACGAAGCACCUGAUUAUGCCCCCUUUGAAAUGGAACUCUCAGGUGGAGGUGAAUCUGCAGAGGGGCCUUCGUCACGCGGCUCUACCAAAGUUAAUUUCCCACCCGAAGUGGAGCUCGAGCGGCGACCCACUGCAACAGGAGCCCUUAUGGCUACCUCAGCAGCCUACCACCGCGGACGAGGACGUUCUAUGAGUGCCUGGAGUGACAUAAGCCGUUCCAGCAUACGAUUCGAAGAAAGAGUUCGCGUGGAGUAUUAUGUCAACGAGAACACUUUCAAGGAAAGACUGCAACUCUAUUUCAUUAAAAACCAGAGAUCCAGUUUACGCAUUAGAAUUGCGAACUUAUUCUUCAAACUAUUGGCUUGCUUGCUGUACAUAUUCCGCGUUUGUGCUGACGGUGAUCCCAUUUUUGCCUCUUGCUAUGGCUGUAUUCCCGGCAAUAAAACUGAAUUCGAAUAUUCUGCCAACUUGACUGAAGAAGAAUUUCAAGAGCGUCCGAUAAUCAACUGGGACGGAAUAAUAUGGGUGAACCGACCUCUGUAUCUGUGGGUAGUACAAGUCGUAUUGGCUAUGAUUUCCUUUACCGAAGCUAUCCUUAUGGCCUAUUUAGGUUAUAAGGGAAACAUUUGGCAACAAGUACUAUCUUUUCACUUCAUACUGGAGAUGGUAAACACGAUUCCAUUUGCGCUAACUCUGCCAUUUCCACCGUUGCGCAACCUAUUCAUCCCGGUAUUUCUCAAUUGCUGGCUGGCAAAGAGAUCUUUGGAAAAUUUGUUUAAUGACCUCCAUCGGGCAAUGCAGAAAUCUCAAUCGGCCCUGUCUCAACAACUGAUGAUCUUAUGCGUUACUCUUCUCUGCCUCGUAUUCACAAGUGUAUGCGGUAUACAACACUUCCAACGCGCCGGACAUCGGCAUCUGAACCUCUUCCAAGCGAUGUACUUCGUGGUGGUAACCUUUUCAACAGUCGGUUACGGUGACUUCGUGCCUGAUAUAUGGCCAUCUCAAUUAUUUAUGGUUAUAAUGAUAGGAGUUGCUCUUGUUGUGUUGCCAACACAGUUCGAGCAAUUGGCGUUUACCUGGAUGGAACGUCAAAAACUGGGUGGUUCUUACUCUUCUCAUCGUGCUCAAUCUGAGAAACAUGUCGUAGUAUGUUCGACCACACUUCAUGCCGAUACCAUCAUGGACUUCUUGAAUGAGUUUUAUGCUCAUCCAUUGCUGCAAGAUUACUACGUUGUGCUGCUAUCUCCUAUGGAAUUGGAUACCACCAUGAGAAUGAUCUUACAGGUCCCAAUAUGGGCCCAAAGAGUCAUUUACAUUCAAGGAUCUUGCCUGAAGGACACUGACCUCAUCAGAGCCCGCAUGAACGAAGCCGAAGCUUGUUUCAUACUAGCUGCUCGAAACUAUGCUGACAAAACAGCUGCUGAUGAACAUACAAUUUUACGAUCUUGGGCUGUCAAAGAUUUUGCUCCGGGUGUGCCGCAAUAUGUGCAAAUAUUUAGACCAGAAAACAAAUUACAUGUGAAAUUCGCUGAAUUUGUGGUAUGCGAGGAUGAGUUCAAAUACGCUCUGCUCGCUAACAAUUGCACAUGCCCAGGCGCUUCGACCCUCGUGACUCUGUUACUCCACACCAGUCGAGGACAGGAGGGUCAACAAUCACAGGAAGAAUGGCAUCGUCUUUACGGAAGAUGCUCAGGAAACGAAAUUUACCAUAUCGUUUUAGGAGACAGUCGUUUCUUCGGAGAAUAUGAAGGCAAAAGUUUUACUUAUGCCAGUUUCCACUCUCACAGGAAGUAUGGUGUUGCUUUGGUUGGAGUUCGACCUGCUGAACUACCAGAAUUUUAUGAAGAAACGAUCCUCCUUAAUCCUGGGCCCCGUCAUAUAAUGAAAAGUAGCGAUACAUGUUACUAUAUGAGUAUUACUAAAGAAGAAAACUCCGCAUUUGUUGUGUCCGAUAAACAAACGGAAAAUAAACCGACAAUACCCAAAGAUCAAACAGCAUGUAGCCUGCUUUCGUCAGAGAAGAAAACUGGUGACGCAGAAGAUGGUACAGGGGAGCAGAAAAAAACAGACGGUAGUAACGUCGCUCAAUACGACCUCCCACAAGUGAUUCUCGAAGCUCCCGCAAGUUCCACACCAAACGCAUCGCCAUCACGCAUCAACCAAGCUAAUAUUGCAUCAUUCGCUAAUAUUACUGUCGCUAGCUCUAAAUACGGCGAAGGAACGUCUACAUCCGAUUCUAGGACCUGCCUAAAAGAUUCCCCUGGAACUGACAGCGCUACAGAUAGCCAUUUGCUAUUGCCGAAACAGGACAAUACUAAUUUCCUGAGUCCGGACUCUUUGAGUUAUCGUAGAGGAAGCAGAAGACCAUCAAUUCUGCCAGUACCUGACAUGGUUACAAGCAGUCUUAACAUUGCUUCUGAUAAUCAGGAUGAAGAAGUCGAAAUUGAUGAAAGUGAAGAUGAAUUGGAGGAUGACGUACCAUGGAGGUCACCCUCAGAAAAAAUAGCGAUCGUCAAGGGAUUUCCGCCGGUGUCACCAUUUAUUGGAGUUAGUCCAACAUUGUGCUACUUAUUAAAAGAGAAGAAGCCGCUGUGCUGUUUACAACUGGCUCAAGUGUGUGAACAUUGUUCAUACAGAAACGCCAAAGAGUACCAAUGGCAAAACAAGACCAUUAUCCUUGCUGCUGACUAUGCCUCAAACGGAAUUUACAAUUUCAUAAUUCCAUUGAGAGCACAUUUUAGAUCAAAGACUUCACUGAAUCCUAUUAUUUUGCUGCUGGAGCGCAGACCUGAUAUCGCAUUUUUGGAUGCAAUAUCAUACUUUCCAUUGGUUUAUUGGAUGCAGGGCACCAUCGACUGCUUAGAUGAUCUUCUGCGAGCAGGAAUAACAUUAGCCGAAAAUGUGGUAGUGGUCAACAAAGAACUAUCAAAUUCAGCUGAGGAAGACAGUCUGGCCGAUUGUAACACUAUAGUGGCCGUACAAACGAUGUUCAAGUUCUUCCCAUCGAUUAAAUCGAUUACGGAACUGUCCCAGUCAUCUAAUAUGCGAUUCAUGCAGUUUCGGGCUCACGACAAAUACGCAUUACAUCUCUCCAAAAUGGAAAAGCGUGAGAAGGAACGUGGUUCUCACAUCUCUUACAUGUUCCGACUGCCGUUUGCAGCGGGGUCUGUGUUCUCCGCUUCUAUGUUGGAUACUCUGCUAUAUCAAGCAUUUGUGAAGGAUUAUGUGAUCACAUUUGUUCGUCUUUUAUUGGGAAUCGACCAAGCUCCAGGAUCAGGAUUUCUCACUUCGAUGAAAAUUACGAAGGAAGACAUGUGGAUUCGUACAUACGGUCGGCUUUAUCAGAAAUUGUGUUCAACAACUUGCGAAAUCCCAAUAGGGAUCUAUCGCACACAGGACACAACAUUAGCCGACGCGUCUCACCACGUGAGUAUGUCGCCACGGACUCCAUCCAAAUGGUUUUGGUCACGCCUCGCGAGAAUGCGACCAUCGCGUGCAUCGCAGGACGAGGGAGAACGCAGAGGUUUCCCGGCGUGCGGCCGCCGCAGCCGGGAGGCCACUAGCUGCCUCGGCGGUUGCUACGGGGAUCGCACGCCGGUGUAUUCUACAAGUCUGGCAGAUGAGGCACGAGAUAAUCAUGCACAACAAAUUGAACGAGCUGAAAUAGCUAAUCUGGUACGUUCAAGAAUGGAAUCACUGAAUCUUACUGGCAUAGAUUAUGAUGACGUCAGCGAGAAACGCAAUAGCCUGUCGUACGUUAUUAUCAACCCCAGUUGCGACCUAAACUUGCAAGAAGGCGACAUCAUUUACCUGGUUCGCCCAUCGCCAUUUUCAGCACAAAAAACGUUUGAGCGUCACAACAGCCGCCGCAAGUCGAACAUCAGCUUCUGUUCACAAAGCCUUGCACAGUCGCAAGGUGCUUCCAGCAGACGGGGCUCCGGUUUCAGCCAAGGUCGUGCUCCUCCACUGUCUACUACCAAAGCCAACUCGCUGUCUUUACCUGACAGUCCAACUAUUGUAACCGAUUUUCGUGGACGCUCGAACUCGCUUCGCGUUGCUGAUGAUAUAUUGCUGCGACGAUCCAAUUCUUUGCGACAAGGGAUUAGUGGUGUCGGCUCUCAACGUCGUAAGAGCAGCCUCGAGGAAAUUGGAAUUUCUCAUUUCAAUUCUCUAUUACAACAUCAACAACAACAGCAACAGCAAAAUGCAAACGCCAUAAAAUUUGCGCUUAAUGGCAGUAUUGGAUUGGAAGUGACACCGCCGGAGGAAAAUCCUUCGGAUCGCCUACCAGGGCCGAGUAUGCCGCUCAGUGGGUACCAGGAGGUGGCUGCUGCCCUUCCGUCUACUUCGAUGGGCCCAACUUUGCCUCCGGCACAGGCUGCAGAUCCGCAACAUCUGCAGGGAACUAUAGUAUGAUACCAUCUUAUGUGGGGACGACGACUUAGUUCCGUAGUUAGGAACAGGUGGACGUAGAAAGCAUGAAAUAUUCUAAUAUAUUAUUCAAUUUUGAAAUAUUUACUUCUGUAAUAAUUUCGGAUAAAUGUAUUAAUUGUCCACUAUUAGACGGAACUAUUUUCAAUCUUGUAGCGUCUCUACUUCGCACGUAGUAUCUAAUACUUGUAAAUUUCCAAAAACCAGUAAUAUAUCUAGGAUGGAGGUAAAAGAGCUGUGUAAUGUAAGAGGGAUCAACUAGUUACUAUGUAAAAGGGGAUUUAUCAGCUUAAUGCUGUAUGUAUAUACUGGAGCUUUACUGCGAUGUGCUACAUCAAAUUUGUAUAUAAAAUCUAUCUCUUAAAGAUAUACAAAUUGUUAUUUGUAAAUAUCUUACUUACUUAAGACAAUGUUAUACUAAAAAUUGUUAGAUACCUACCUAAAUACUUUUCUAGAUCUAUUGACCAACUCAAUAUUAUUGUGUCACUUCAAUUUCAACAUAGAUUCAGUAAUUUUAUCUACAUGUAUGUUAGAUUCGAUGGAAAUGUCAAAUUUUAAUUCACAUAGUGUCAAAGCAGUUAAUCAAAUAAAUUCAU